AGUCAGGUGUGGCUGCACUAGACGAGCUGUUUCCUUGCCUGUAGCUCUUUUCACAGGCACACAGCUGCAGUAAAUUAAAUAUUUGACACAUCAUACCAGUCUCGUCGGUGUGUCGUCGAGUUGAACUGUCUACUUUCAAACGAAGACAAAAGCGUCUGGUCAGUGAGUCCCUGCCGCUCUCAGCAUGGCCGCGUCGGAUAUGGACGAGCUGUCUCUCCUCACCCUGGAGGAAGAGUUGACCUGCAGCAUCUGCCUGUGCCCGUUUGAAACCCCGGUGACGACCCCCUGUGGACACAACUUCUGCCAGAACUGCCUCUUCGCCACCUGGACAGACAGUUUCUGCUGCCCCCAGUGCCGGACCCACUUCGCCACCAAACCCGAGCUGAAGAAGAACACGGUCCUCAGCGCCGUGGUGGAGACCUUCAAGCUCAGGUCCAGCAGGAAUGAACCGCUCGACCUGUACCAAGAGGAAGUCCAAGUCGAAAAAGAAGCCGCUGUUAUCUGUGAUAUGUGCAUGAAAGCCGAGGCGUCCAAGACCUGCCUCACCUGCCUGGCGUCCUACUGCGAGGAGCACCUGAUGCCUCACCGGGAAAACCCAAAUUUCCGUCUCCACCAGCUGACGGAGCCGCUCGGCGACCUGUCGGAGCGGAUGUGCCCCGACCACCACAAGCUGAUGGACUUCUUCUGCGUCCAGCACGAGCGUGUUAUCUGCAGCUUCUGCCUCCAGCAAGUCCACAAAGGUUGCUCCUUCAAGACCCCCGACGAGCAAAAAGCCUUUAAAGAGACUGAACUGAGAAACAAGCUGAGUUUGCUGGAUGGGAAGAUUGAGAAGACCAAGACCGUCCUAGCUCAAAUGAGGACCAUGCAGGACAAACUAAAGGAGUCGGCAGCCAGCAAGAAGAAAGCUCUGGCGGCUGAGUAUCAGCAGAUGCGGGAAAUGUUGGAUCGUGAUGAGAGCGCCGCCCUGAGUGCAGUGGACCAUGAGCAAGAGAGCGGACAGACCAAACUCAGGACUUUCCUCAAGAAGUUCACUGAAAACACUGACAAGAUGAGCCAAGCCAAAGAUGAUGUUAACAAUACGCUGAGUCAGUCCCAUACCCUGUCUUUCCUACAGGCUUCGGUUGUCUUGCCCCCAGUUGUAAUCCACGACCCUUACGCCCCUCGGGUUACCAUGGAUUCCAAGACAGUGUCAGCAAUACAGGCCUUUGCUGCUGUCAUGAAGGAGCAUCUGACAGAAAUCCUCAAACAACCCACUGAGGCCAGGCUGCAGAUGCUCAAACCAGCACUUAACUUUGGCAUUGCUGCAGCUGCUGAAAGACCAGUUCCUGUAUCAGGGUUUAGUGUCUUUCAACCUGGGGGAGCUGUUCCCCUGUUGGGAAUGCCAUUGCCUCCUAGCCAGCCUGGCAAUCCGAAACACAUCAGGUCCCAGAGUCCAGGCGCACCACUCAAGGCAGGGCAGAAGAAGAAACCUCAGAAGCACGACAACAGAAGUGAAAACAGUGACCAAACUCAUCAGCAUGACCGGAGACCUGACAAACAAACCAAAAAGCCUCCCAAUGCUCCAAAAGGGAAUGCUCCAAGUAUGAAAGCAGCCCGUUCGAUGGACAACCUGCAAGAUCUAACUAAGAAAGACAAAUCCAAAGGCCAACCUCCUGAACGGGAACCCAAAGUCAAACCAGAAACUUCCGAUGUACUUCCAGACAUUACCUCUGCUGCAAAAAGAAAUGAUCUUCUAAAAUAUGGGAGCGUGCUGACCCUGGACCCAAAGACAGCCCACAAACGCAUCAUACUGAGCGAGGACUUGACCACAGCCUCGGUGUCAGACGAGCCUACAAACUACCAUGACUGCCCCUCGCGUUUCUCGGUCUGCUCCCAGGUGCUGACCUCCAAGGGAUUCUCUAGAGGGCGCCAUUACUGGGAGGUCAAAAUGAGCUGCAACAACUUCAUUGGCAUAGGCUUAGCUUACAACAGCAUCGACCGCAAAGGUCCCGCCAGCCGUCUGGGCCGCAAUGCCCAGUCCUGGUGUGUCGAGUGGUUUAAUGUCAAGCUGUCGGCCUGGCAUGCCAGCAGCGAGACAGUGCUAUUGAACCCCAAUUCGAAGCGCGUAGGUGUGCUUUUGGAUUGCGAGGAGGGAACAGCUACGUUCUAUAAUGUGGCGGAUAGGGCAUAUCCCUUCCACACUUUUGUGUUUCCCUUUUCUGAAACCGUGUAUCCAGCCUUCUGGAUCUUUUCCAGUGGCUCGUCCAUUACUUUGUGCAAGCUGCAGGCGUGAGGUGGGUGUAAGGGCACAUUAAAUGCUCUAUACUCACCUAUGAAGUUUUGUCAUCAUUGUUCGCAUGACUUUGCUGCAAUGAUAGUCAUGGAUAUGUAUCAUUUUGAUCGUAUCUGAAUUAUUAUUCAAUUCAGUAAAGAUUUCAUAAGAUUCAAGAUUUCAUAAGAUUCAAGAGAGCUGUAACUGUUGUUGGAAAUUAUGAUAACACAUAAUUUUCCACAGAUGUUCUUCGGAAUUUGAACUCCACAUGCAUCUUGUAGUUUGAGCUGCCUGGCUGUAAUUGCUGGUGAUAUUGCUCAAUUAUAUAGAGGAUUACACUUUCUACUGCAGUAUAGAAAGUUAAACUGACAGUGUGACUAAGAACUCUGUUGAGUCAUUUGCCCAGCUAUAAGUUUUUGAAUAUUGUUGUACAACAGGAACUUGUUAUUCUUUUAUAGUUUCUCAGUCCUUUUAGCUUACCAGGCAGCUCAUAUGCUUUAGUAAGCUAAAAAUGACAUUAGAGGGCACGCUGGAUAACCUGUCACAUGACAGCCAGGUUGUCAGUUGAAUAGGCGUUUUUUUUUUUUUUUUUUGGUUUUUGUCCUUGCCACUUAAAUGAAUAAUCAUCAAAAGAGUGAUUCCAAUUUAAGAAAUCCACCAUAAGAUAUCCAAAGUUACAACUCUGAAUCUCAAAAAAACGGAAUAAAAAUAGCCUGUGGCCAUAGUAUCGUUUACUCAUUAGUUGAUGCCGGUGUUUGUAUCUGAACAUCACUGUAUACACAACACAUUCUGCACAUGCACUGUACAGCAUGUAUGUGCUAAUGUGUUUACGGUCUCAGCUGUACAGAUCAGCUAUCGUGCAUGGCAGGUCUAACAGCUCUUAAUGUGUCUUGAUAGACACAUUCAAAUCAGGCACUUCUUUUCUGACGUAUGUCAGGAUGAAGUGUGUCCGAACAUCAAGUCUGUAUCUGACAGACAACUUGUUAACAGAAUUUUGGAGUGUGGAUAUUGAGCUUACUUCCUUCACAGCUAUUAGCCUUGACUGCUUUGGCUGAUGAAAGUAAAAUGGUGGGUUUCUCUUAAGGGUGGUUGGAUAGUGAUUCCAAUUUUCCAGUGGCUCGUCCAUUACUUUGUGGGUUUCUCUUAAGGGUGGUUGGAUAUAUAGCCUAUAUGGAUAUAAUGUUAAAGGGCAAGUUAUCUGUUGUGUGAUAACAGACUUUAUCCAUGCCUUUUAUCUGGGAUCGCUGUAGGACACCAGUGACCUAAGAUACGGCAGCUCAUUUCCUGACUUGGUUCUUGAGUCCAUCAGGUCUUCAACUGUAUGGUCAGUGAGCAUAGGCCUGUUUUAUGUUUACCAUAAAGAAAUUCAAGCUAUAUCUCACACUUACUAGAAGCAGUAAUGUUAAGACACUUGCUUCAUGAAAAAGUCUUGGAAAGGAAAGCUGCAUAUGGUCAGUCCUGCGACAGCUGUACGAGCUACUCAGUACAUUCAGAGUAGGCUAAAUUCUGUUGCACGUCUUCUACACAAAAUAAUUAUAAUACAAUUAUACAUCUAUGCUACAAUCAUCACUUUAACAUCCCAUCAAGCAUUGCAUGUCCUGUGUAGAUCCCCAUCUUCCUUUAAGGUGCUGGUCAUAGGAGGAAAAAAUCUGUGUUUCUAAAUAACAGCAAACAAAAGGGGAUAAUGCUCUUGGUUAUGAUUGGUUGCCGUUGUGAUUGAAUCAGUGACCUGUUGGUCAUGGAAGGGACUGUUUUUAUUCAGCAUCCCUGUCAGCCAAGUUUAGGCACGGACCCUUCCUUUCAUAAACUAGGUCACAUGCUAGUACCGGAAGGCACAUCAGUCUAAAUAGGGUUAUAUCCUGCAAUGUGUAUGCCGGCGUUUGAGCCGGUUUGCCGUUAUCUGUUGCAGGAUUUUGGCUUGGCAUCGAUAGUUAUGAAACUAUUGAAAGCUUUCCCAUGCUGUGGUCAGUGUCAAAGUCUUUGGUACUUGUUUGCUCUCAGUACCAAGACUGAAUUACAUGAUUGUGGCUACAGUUGUUGGUAAAAAAAAUCAGCGGCACUGAUAUUUUUGCAUGUAAUGCUUCACUUUAUUGUGAUACUCAGCAGCUUUUCCUCCAGGUGGCUGGAUAUCAUUCCGCUGUUUGUCCUUAUGUGUAUCCAGCACUGACACUUUGCUUUUUCUUCACAUUGUUUUCUAAUCUUAUUUUGAAUUCUACUCAGUAUCAUGAAACUUUAGCAGCAGAGGUUUAUUCCUCCCUGGAUAAUGUGCGUUGUGUGUGAAUUUGAAGUCAAACCAACUUUUGCAUUAGGAACCAGUGUUCUGUUUGUAAUUUGUAUUUGUGCAACAAAUGUGUUAUGAAGCGAUAACGCAAUUAUGCCAUAUAUGGUGGCUUGAUUCUUAUUUGAUUCCUUCAGUCUUAGGAGCAUUUUGUCCUUCUCAGGUUACACGAUGAAGGUGGUGAACACACAAACAAACAGUCUAUGUGUGUGUAUAUGGUGUGUGUUGGAGGGUUCUGGAUGACAAUGAAAACAAGACACAUGUAUGUGUAUUUAUAUGAAAAUAUUUAUGGGAAUGUUUUCAAAUUCAAAAGAUCAUUGCGUCAUUACAUUCAGUUCAAUCAAAAUCAGCUUUGAUCAUCUGUAGCACGUUCAUCAGAUGUUCUUUGUUACUGUACCUAAUUUUUGAGUGAUUGUGACCAAUAAAUGCUUCUUUUCUUUGCCUUUC